GCUUUUUCAACAACAACAAUUCAUCCACCUCGGUAGCGUGCCAGCCAACAUAAAACCACAACAUUAAAGCUCUUUAGGCAAUGUAUAUUAACCUCAGUGUUUUAAACACACUGUCAGAGUAACGUUAACUAGUAAAUAGGCAAUUUAAUUUCAUAUUUACGCUAUUAGCUAUCUGGCUAAGUAACACUAGGCUAAUGCUAACUAGCUUGCUAACAUCCUCGACCAUGAGUUCAAGCUACUCCCCUCCUGCUAAAGAAGAGGCGGUCUGCUGGACAGAGACAGAAGUUCUUGUGAAAGAGGAGAAGGAAGAAGAGGCUGUCACAGUUAAACAAGAAGUAGAUGAUGAGGCUGUUACAGUGAAAGAGGAAGAAGUUACUGUGAAAGAGGAAGAAGUUACAGUGAAAGAAGAGGAAGAAGCUGUAAGAGUGAAAGAGGAGGAUGCCGUUUUUGGACUGAAGGAGGAGGGAGAGAUGACUGUCACGUUGGAGGAGGAAGGGAAGACUGGAGAUCUGAUUAACACCAGAGAAAGAUCAGACUCGGAGGAACCAGAGACGUCCAACCCAGCAAGACGACGCAACUGCUCCCACUGUGGAAAGGGUUUUAACCAGAUAAGGGACCUGAAACGACAUGAGAGAAUACACACAGGGGAGAAGCCUUUUCAAUGCUCCCAGUGUGGAAAAAGUUUUUCCUUGUUAGCGAGCCUGAAACGACAUGAGAAGACACACACAGGAGAGAAGCCUCAUCACUGCUCCCAGUGUGGAAAGAGUUUUACCCAGUUAGGACACCUGAAAGUGCAUGAGAUAAUACACACAGGAGAGAAGCCUCAUCACUGCUCCCAGUGUGGAAAGAGUUUUAACCGGAAAGAAUCCCUCAAAGAGCAUGAAAGAAUACACACAGUGGAGAAGAAAGAGAAGCUGUACCACUGCCCCCACUGUGUAAAGGGUUUUAACCAGUUAGUGGACCUGAAAGUGCAUGAGAGAAUACACACAGGCGAUAAAUCUUUCCAAUGCUUCCAGUGUGGAAAGAGUUUUUUCGCAUCAGGGUGCCUGAAAAGACACGAGAGAACACACACAGGGGGAAAACCUCAUCACUGCUCCCAGUGUGGAAAGAGUUUUAACCGGAACGAACACCUGAAAGAGCAUGAGAGAAUACACACAGGGGAGAAGCCCUACCACUGCUCCCAAUGUAAAAAGAGUUUUGCCUGGUUAGGACACAUGAGAAGACAUGAGAGAAUACACACAGGAGAUAAGGAUGUAGGCUGCUGAACAGUAAAACAUAGGACAGAUAAAAGCUGUUGAACAUCGGACAGCUAUAGGCUGAACAGUAGGACAUAGGACAGAUAUAGGCUGAACAGUGGGACAUAGGACAGAUAAAGGCCCAAUACAUGGUGGGGCAGUAGUCCCCAGAGACUCUGAAUGUGUCUUGUGUAUUGACUUCCAGUGUUUUCCCCCCUGCAUGUAUUAUAGUGGAUUGUGUUUGUGGAUGUGUUUUCUGGGUGCAGGUUUUGGUUUGUGCCCUACCACAGCUGAUUCAGAUAACCAACUCAUCAUCAAGCUCUUCUGAAUGGGCUGUGUGGUGUUAGAGGACCUGGAAUCACAUGAGAGAAUACAGAGGCUUUGUUCUCACUGUUGUCUUUGACUGAGAAUUAUUCUGAUUUCUCUUUUCCUUUAAGUUGUUGAAAUGUUCCGGAUUCACUGACCUUCAUGUCUUAAAGUAAUGAUGGACUGUCGUUUCCCUUUGCUUAUUUGAGAUGUUCUUGCCAUAUUAUGGACUUGGUCUUUUAGCAAAUAGGGCUAUCUUCUGUAUACCACCCCUACCUUGUCACAACACAGCUGAUUGGCUCAAACGCAUUAAGAAGGAAAGAAAUUCCACAAAUUAACUUUUAUCAAGGCACACCUGUUAAUUGAAAUGCAUUCCAGGUGACUACCUCAUGAAGCUGGUUGAGUCAUCAAGGCAAAAGGGUGGCUACUUUGAAGAAUCUAAAAUAUAUUUUGAUUUGUUUAACACUUUUUUGGUUACUACAUGAUUCCAUAUGUGUUAUUUAAUAGUUUUGAUGUCUUCACUAUUAUUCUACAAUGUAUAAAAUAGUAAAAAAUAAAGAAAAACGUUUCAAUCA